GUAUUUCUAUGAGAGAGAAUGAGGCGAGUCAUUAUUUAAAUGAGAUAAUGAUGACAAUUAUAUUUGUAGCCAUAUAUAUUUGUAAUUUUCAUCUCUAAGGAGGAACGGGCUAUCGUCAUGUAUAAAUUUGACAUCUGUACGGCAGCAUAUUUACAAACUAAACCAGGCCAUAUACAUUUUCAGAGUGGGACUUGUGGGAGACAGAAAUCUAGAGCGACAGCAGAGAGUUGGUAGCCUUGAGCAUCGGAGGAGAAGGUGCUUAUUAUCACUAGUGAGUAAUGACGGAGUUUUGAGUCAACUUGCCGUACCUUUCGUUUUAGAUAUUGCAGACUGCGUGCAAAUCGUAAUUAUCGUGAUGCCUGGGACACAUCGUUCUGGCAGGACCGGAUGUUUUUUCCUGCCUUGGCACCGCGGCAGUGCCACUUGUCAGUGGUGUGAUUGUGGUUCACAGUAGGUCCGUCUCGGUCAUUAGAUACGAGAGGAGUCCCGAGUCCGCCGGCUGUACUUCUCUUAUCCAUCGGUGAACAACCCAUGGCUAACCAAAUGGAGGAGGAAAUGAAGAAUCACAAGGCGAAAGGCAAAAUGACAAAGCGCAAAGAGAAGAAGCCGAAACCGAGGAAGCUCAACCGGGGGAAAUCAAUGCGGUCCGUCGGGAGCUUCGUGGACAAGGUUUUUAAAACUUUGGGCACUUUAGCUCGCUUUGGGGACGUAAGCUUGCCAGAUGCGGAGGAUGAUGACGGUGGAUUUAGAGACUGUACACCAUGCACGUUAAGCGCCAAUACGGGACAGUUCAAAGAGGACUCGGUCAUCGCGGAGCAGACGACCAGCAACAGCGCGACGCUCCAUCACCAUGCGUCCAGCAAAGCCAGAUCGCCUUGCUGCUGUGGAGACAAAACCCCAGGGGUUCUGGGCUUGAAAAAUCAUGGCAACACCUGCUUCAUGAAUGCAGUGGUCCAGUGUCUGAGUAACACGGACCUUCUGGCCGAAUACCUCGGCUUGGAAAAAUACAGAUCGGAUUUAAGUCGGCCAGCUGUAAAUGGGAUUGUGAAAAGUGAAGAGGCGCAAUGUGUUAGGGGCGAGGUGACCGAGCAGCUGGCCGCCUUGAUACGAGCGCUUUGGACGCUGGAAUACACACCCCAGCUGUCUGUGGACUUCAAGACGACUGUAUCCAAGUACAGCUCCCAGUUCCGUGGAAACUCCCAGCACGAUGCCCUGGAGUUCCUGCUUUGGCUCCUCAACCGUCUGCACGAGGACAUCAGCUCCUCCCCGUGUGCCAACGGCAGCAGCCAUGGCAACAGCAGUGGAACAAAAGUGCCUGGAAAGGGUCCUACUGGAGCAGCGGAGACGCCGGUGGCCGGGAUGGCGAUCUCGCUGCGAGCGGCCGAGCGGCCCAGCUUUGUGCAGGAGCACUUCCAGGCCCAGUACAAGUCCUGCCUGACGUGCCCUCACUGCCUUAAACAGAGCAACACCUUCGACCCCUUCCUCUGCAUUUCCCUCCCAAUCCCUCUGCAGCAGACCAGGCCUCUGUACAUCACAUUGGUCUUCAGCACCAAGGCCCAGCGAUUCUUGCGGGUCGGCCUGGAAGUGCCGCUGUCUGGCCCGAUUGCUUGCCUGCGCAGGAUGGUGGCUGAUGAGGGCAAGCUCUCCCCAGACCAGGUAAUUCUCACAGAGGUUUACUCCACGGGGUUCCACCGCUCCUUUUUCGACGACGAGGACUUGACCAGCGUCGUAGAGACCGAUAUCAUUUACGCCUUUCAAGCUCCGCCCCUCUACUGGAAGGGGGGUCUCUUACAGUUCUCAGGGUAUCACCAUAGCCUCCCAUCAUCACCUUACUCCGCCGGCCCCGGGGGUCAACGGUUACCUCCCCUCGGCACCCUGUCGUCUGAGUUCCUGAACCAGGUGCCCUCUGUGAAGGUCAUCCUGCUGGUGUGUAACGCAGCCGGUGUGGGUCAGCAGGCUGUCAGGUUUGGACCCCCGUUCCUCAUGCGCGAGGACCGCGGCGUGUCCUGGGAGCAGCUCCAGCAGACCAUCCUCAGCCGGCUCUCGUACCUGAUGAUCCGUGGUGCCCAGACGCUGGCCGGGGGCAUGCUGUUCCGGAUACGGGUGGUGGGGGCCUCCAUGUCUCAAAGCUACCUGUCCCCCCAGGACAGACGUCCACUCUACCACCCAGUGGUGGACAGGGUCCUUAGGUUCUGUGGACCAGGGGGCCCCCCCCACGUGAAGCUCAUUAUUGAAUGGGACCACAGGAUGAAGGAGAGGCUGUUCGGGAACAUCCGCGAGGAGGUGGUGCAGGACUGCGAGAGUGUCAGGGCCCAGCAGCAGCAGCAGAGCUGCACGCUGGACGACUGCUUCCAGCUCUACACCAAGGAGGAGCAGCUGGCGCCCGAUGAUGCCUGGAGGUGCCCCCACUGCCAGCGGCUGCAGCAGGGCACGGUGCAGGUGAGCUUGUGGACGCUGCCCGACAUCCUGGUGCUACAUCUGAAGCGAUUCCGGCAGGCGGGAGGCCGGCGGCACAAGCUGCCCGCUCUGGUCCGCUUCCCAAUGGCCGGUUUGGACACCGCGCCCCACGUGGAGCGGCGGGGCGGCUGCGCCCCGCCGGCCGACCAGACACCUUCUCCGGAGUUCCUGUACGACCUCUACGCGGUCUGCAACCACCAUGGGGGCAUGCAUGGCGGCCACUACACAGCGUACUGCAGGAAUUCGGUAGAUGGGAAGUGGUACCGGUACGAUGACAGCGCCGUGGAUCUGCUGCCCGAGGCGGAGGUGUGCACACGCGAUGCCUACAUCCUUUUCUACCAGAGACGCAACGCCAUCCCACCCUGGUCUGCCAGCUGCUCUGUUAGAGACUCCACCAGCUCAUCCCUGUCUGAUCACUGGCUGGCCCGCCUGGGGGAGGAUGGUAAGAAGGGUGGCCAGGUGUCCAGGGUUUGCAUGAACUAUGCGUCUGCACCACCUGAAUCGCCCGUGUCCCUCGUCUUCCAAGAAGAGCUCCCCCUAGAGCAAACAGGAGAAUCUUUGGAAAAGUCAAUCGUGCUGGAGGCCCAGGGCCGGAGUGCGAGCUUGAGGACGCCCCCCAAGGCCAGGGAAGGUCUGAGCAAAGUGCUGCCCCUACGCUGGUCUCUGGGCUCCAGGGGGAACCGCAGACCGUGCACAGGGCAACUGGUGGAGUACCUCGAGUCUGGCCGGCGGCCGCGGUGCACCCAGGAACCCAUCAUUCCUCUGUGGAAGGAAAAGACGCUCCCAGACUCUCCCCGGCGUCGGGACUCCGCCGACAGGUGCAGCGAAGGUGCCCCAGCAGGGGGCGUGACCCUAAAGAGCGUUCAGGUGCAGGGUGGGGCUCAAGUUUCCCCAUCCUGGAGGGGCUCUAGUGUGGGGCCCAUCCCCAGCCCCACCCCUCCCCUUGGCUGGGAUCCCUUCAGGAGCCGGUCCAACAGCCAAUCAGGGCCAAUGGAUAAGAGAGUGGGGGGGCGUAGCGAGCAGCCCUCAACCCUGCCUCUCGAGGAGGGGAGGGGCAGUAAAGUGUUGGUGGCAAGGAGUCUGGAGGGCCGGCGGUCUUUCAUCCACCUGGGUUUCCUGAGGAGGGACCCCGAGGGUGGGGUGGUGGGCGACAAGGAAAACAGAGUCCUGGGGGAUGGGGACGUCCUCCCUUCCCACAGCCCCUCCAGCAUCCAAGCCCGCUCAGUUCCAGCCGUGCGAAGACUACUCCCCCAGGUCCCGAUGGCAGAAAGCCCCACUCACACCGCCUUAAACACGACAUGCUACUCCUCCACCUCGCUGGGCCGGAAGAGGCCAGUUCCCGAGUCCAUCUUUUAGUGACAUCCUGUCCUAGUCUGCCAGAUCCAUUUCACAUAGACCAGAACCCCCCCCUCCCCCAAAGCUUCUCCAGAGAGUGACCACACAGAGACUGCUGGAUGCUCACAGGUACAGGCUGCAGUGAUGGCUGAGGUCAUUGGGGUUAAAGGUCAGCCAGGUCAGAGGCCAUUGUAGAGGUGUCACAUGAACAUUUUACUUAUGUGUUAUGGAAAUUCAGGAUGUAUGUUUAAGAUUAACGCAUCUCAAUGGAAUUCCUUUUGUUCUCUUUUUCAUGACAGCGGAGCUGAGGAUCUCAGAACACUGGUACACACUGUAACAGAACACUGGUACACACUGACUAAAGAAACUGCAGAUUGUAAGCGAUGAAAAAGCCAUUGUUUACUGCAGAUUGCUUUUCAUUGCUUGCCGUCACUUUCAACAGUGUCAUUUCUAAUGAAAAAUUUCGUUCAGCUACUUCCAGUUUUUAAAAAAAUGGAAGGGAGGAGGAGGUGAAUGAUCGGAUUCAGAGCUGCAGUUUUAGAAACAAACCAUCAAAGCUUAAAGAAUUUCCUUGUGCUGGACAAAGAGGUAUUUAUAUUUGUGUGUAUGGCACUUUCCCCAAGCACUGGUGGUUAGAAACAUUCAGUUGUUUGUGGGAAUUUUAUUUACACAGAAAUGUUCUGAGCGCAGAACAAAAAAUGAUUAGUUGGUCCCACCUCCUCUAGUUGCUUGGACUCAACCUGCUCUACAAUCUGAUUGGUUAUCUCUCUGAACCAAUCAUUUUUCGUUCUGCCCUCAGGACAUUUUUGUCUAAGUAAAGCUCCAAUUGGCCAUUUGCCUGUGCCUGCUCUCUCACGUGAGGGCAGGCCGCCGCAUCCCCUCCUCAGAUUCAGCCACAUAGGAUCACGUCCGAAUCACAAGAGGCCCGUAACGGGAAUUGUGAGUGGCAGCGGCGGUUAUUUGACACAACGAGGGGAUUGUCGAGUCGGCGAUUCAAGCGAACGUUCCUAGAGGAGUGUGAGAGCGUGACCUCCGAAUGUAGCUGAUGAAGUUGAGUUAGAAGGAUGAUGCUGGAUUAUUAAAUAGUAUAGUACUGAUUAAGAUAAGGGCAGCAGUAUGCUUUUAGCAGGAAGCAGUGACACGGUGACCUCAGAAAGACAGGAUCACCUUCACUGGAAUACAGCUCAUAUGCAGACAAUUUCUAGACUAAUUCUCUGCUGACUAGUGGUACUGGGAAUAUCACUUUACAACAAAAGAAGCACAAAAUAUCCAAGUUAACAGUUUAAUUUCCUCCACCUUUAAUUGCUUCAUUCACAGCCAAUCUUUUAGGUGUAAUAUUUGUAAUGUUUUCUGUUAUUACAUAUAACCUGUCCUGGAUGGAUAUCAUAUGACGUUACACCUGUGAUGGUAAAAACAGCAUGUGGGAACACAGACGUGACACAGAUGGACUUUAACCAUUCUGUGGCUGCAAUCUUGAUUUUCUGUCACAGGCAAUGGGCCCUCACUGCAGCGCAGUGGCUCUGUGUGUGGAGCUGCAGUUCUCAUUCCAGUGACACUCUCUGGUGGAGUUCGUGCAGCAAACCCUGUCACAAUGCAGAGGCGAUGCUCGUGCCAAAUAUGCUGCUGCGUGUGCAGUUUUCUUCUUAUUACUUGUCAAUAAAACACAUCGUUUGUCAGAA